GCGCCGCGCUACAGGACGGUGCGUUUUUUUGUCGCAAUGUCGUUUUUCAACCCGGCCGAUCUGAUUGAAGAGAUCAAGAAGCGGCCUGGCUUGUAUAAGACUGACACUCCAGCUGAUAGGGAGGAGAAAUUAGCGUUGUGGAAGGAAGUCGGUGCAACGAUAUACCACGACUGGGAGACGUUCAGUAAAGCCACCGCUUACGACAAAGUACUGCAAUUGCAAAGAAAAUGGCGAUCCUUAAGAGAUGCUUAUAACAGGGAGCUGAGGGCUCGAAAAACCGGCGUCAGGAUCAACCGGAGGGUGUACAGAUAUUUCAAAAGGAUGAGUUUCCUCGGAGGUUUCACUGGGACUGUUAGUGAAGACGAUGACGCACCAGACGAAGUGGACAACGGCGACGACGACAGUCAAUUCCAAAAGGUGGUAAAAGUAAAGAAGCCUCGCAAAAAACGCCACAGAAAGUCCAGUUCUGAUGGCAUACCUGCCCCUGAGGAAUUGGAAAUGCCCACAUUCCCCAUCGAAAUGGCUGAUGAGGGGGAAAGCGACAGUGAUAGGUUGUUUCUUCUGUCUUUCCUGCCGGAAAUGAAGCAACUGCCAGUGAAUAUUAAGAUGUGGGUGCGGGUACAGAUAGCGAAUGCUAUGCAGGAAGCUGUGUCUUGCCAUUAUAAUAACACGCAGCCUGGCAGUUCUGGCAGUAGGAAUGGCAUAGAUAGUAAAAGGGAAAGACAAGACAGCACAGACUAAAUAGAUAUAUAUAAUAAUAAU